AUGGCGGGCCUGGACGCGGGCCCGGCGAUCCCCGUGUGGCUGGCGGAGGACGACUUGGGCUGCAUCAUCUGUCACGAUCUGCUGGCCUGGCCCGCCACGCUGCCCUGCGGCCACACUUUCUGCCGCGACUGCCUGCUGGACCUGUGGGCCGCGAGUCGCGGCCGGUUCUGCCCCACCUGCCGCGAGGGCGCCCCCCGGCCGCCGCAGCUGCGGAAGAACACAAUGCUGGAGGACCUGGCGGACAAGUACAGGCUGGCGGCGCGAGAGCUGGAGGGCCCGAGCCCGUACCCCGGCCCGGAGCCGCGUCCGGCACCUCGCCCAGCGCCCCGACCCGGGCGGCCCACGGCGCAGCUGCGGGUGGAGGCACCGAGGAGCAUCACAGAAGUUGACCGGGAGCUGGCAAAGCUGGUGGAACGGCUUAUAGAUAUUGUCAGGAACCUUCAGAGUCCAAGACACCUCCCAGAAUCUGAACCAGAUAAAGAAGUGAGCAUUCUGGCUAUGACUUUGUUGGAAGGGGUGGACCUUUCCUUGGCUUCUCCCAAAAUGAGUUCCAGCCCACCUGAGCGAAAAAUGAAAGAUAUUCUCCGUGACCUAGAAGAGAUCCAAGAAAAAUUACGAGAAAACUUCGCGCAGAAAGGGGCCCUUGAAGAACAGACACAGGUUGAACUCCCAGAAGUUCCAUCUUCUUCCUCAUGCCCACUGCCUGACCAGAGCCGCUUUGCACCGAAGAAGGCUUCCUCGUUUGCUCGAUGGGCCAUCAGUCCAACCUUUGAGCUUGAGAGCCUCUCCUGUAAUCUAAAGGUGUCUGUGGAUCACCGGACAGUGACUGUGUCUGACUUCCCAAUGUUCUAUGCCUGGAGUCCCGAGAGGUUUGCCUCCAGCCAGGCUUUAUGUUCCCAGCCUCUCUCUUCUGGGCAGCAUUACUGGGAAGUGGACACUCAGCAUUGUAGCCACUGGGCAGUCGGGGUGGCUUCACGGGGAAUGAAGCGUGACCAGAUCCUGGGAAGGACCACAGACUCCUGGUGUGUAGAGUGGAAAGGGACCAGUGAGCUCUCUGCGUGGUGCAUGGUCAAGGAAACUGUCCUCGGCUCAAACAGACCUAGUGUGGUGGGCAUCUGGCUGGACCUUGAGGAGGGAAAACUUGCCUUCUAUUCCGAGGCAGAUCAGGCGAAGCCUCUGUUUGAGUGCCCAGUCUCUGUCUCUUUUCCUCUACACCCUGCCUUCUGGCUGUAUGGCUUAUACCCUGGAAAUUCUCUGACCAUAAGGCAAAUGAAUGUGUAAACAUUCCCUGGGUGUUAAAACACAUCGAUUUCCUGGUCUCUCCGACUUUUAGCAGGGUGGCCACUUAAGAAUCCCUCUUCCAGCACUCCCCUGGUGGUCCAGACAGUUUGGAAUCCACCUGCCAAAGCAGGGGACACGGGUUCAAUCCCGGAUUCCCGAAAGAUCCCACACGCCACAGAGCAACUAAGCCAGUGCGCCACAUCUACUGAGCGCUGGAGCCGUGGAGCCCGUGCUCGGCCACAAGAGAAGCCACCACAGUGAGAAGACCACACACCCCAAGGAAGAAUAACUCCUGCUCACCGCAACUGGAGAAAGCCUGCACGCAGCAACCAAGACCCUGCGCGGCCAAAAAUAAUUUUUAAAAAUAAAGAAAUUGCAAACAAUAAAGGAAUGAACUUUUAAAGUUGAGGGAUGCAAAGUAACUGUUUAAUUCGGCUAACUUGCAUUGUUCAAACCCUGCGCGGUCCAAAGAAAGGAUAGGCUCUUGAGUAGGAGAUAACGUCUAAGCCCUUGGACUAUCCUGCCUUAUAAGAUUGUCUUUAUCGGAGGCCCUUGGGCCACACAGUAUCAGCUUGAUCUCUGGAGGAGCUGGAAACUAAGAUCAGCCAUAUGAGCAGUGAUUCUGCCUACAGAAUAAAGUGACUCAGUCGUGUCCGACUCUUUGCAACCCCAUGGACUGUAGCCUGCCAGGCUCCUCCAUCCAUGGGAUUUUCUAGGCAAGAAUGCUGGAGUGGGUUGCCAUUUCCUUCUCCAGGGAUUCUUCCUGACCCAGGGAUUGAACCCAGAUCUCCCUCAUUGCAGGCAGACUCUUGAUCAUCUGAGCCGCCGGGGAAUCUGCCUACCGUGGGCCAAUCCAGGCCUUGGACACUGAGUCUUGGAUGUGCUUCCUUCGUUGGCAGUAUUGCACGUGUAUUGUCACACAUCAUGCUGAGAGAACUAAGCUACCGCCCUAUAACGCCACUGAGAGAAGGGUGGGGUCUCCCAACCCCUCCCUUGUGUGCCUUUUUCUAUUUCUGGUUUUAACCUGUAUCCUUUCAUUGUA